UAAUCUCUUAUUAGUAAAUUAGAUCUACGAGUUCUCGAAUUCAUUGUUGCUUAUUGAUGAAAUCUAGUCUUUCUUAGUAUUGUGUUUUGCUGAAAUUUUGUGUUGGAUUAGCUUUUCUCUUCUUCUUUUUUUUGCAUCAGAAAUGGUAAAGAUAUGAUUUUUGGCGGUUCUUACGGGUUCUAUUUCAUGAUUUGUGUAAUUUUCGUUGCUUUUGGUCGGUUUUUUUUAAGUUCACCUGUGUUUUGUACAGUUUCACCAUGGAAUUUAGUCGAAAGAUUUAAACUUUUUGGAUUCGGAAUAUUCUGGUUGAUCCGUGUAUGCUAUUGUCAGAUCUCAACGAUGUGAUUACCAUGUGUUUGUGAAAAUUCCCAAGAAAAAGGUUAUUUUGCCUUUUGGUUAUUAUGUAGAACUUUGAUGCUGAGUUUUGCUUGCAAGUUCUCGUUUGCGUUGUGGGGAACGGUCUCUUUGGAGCUUUAUACUAACCAUAAUUCACAUUACAUCCACUGCUAAUCUUAUUUCAUAUUGUUGGUGCUGUGUUGAUGGAUCUUAUGCGUUUUUAGUUGUAAAUAUCUAUUUCCUUUCUUAGAUUUGUCAUGAGGAAGUUAAUUAUCCUAUAGAUGGUAAGAUGACGGUCUUAAUACUGACUGUGGAUUUUGUAAAAGAGCUAUUAGAUCUCUGAUUUACAUGGUAGAUUUAUUUGCUUUUGUCGUGGACUUCUAUACUGGAUUAGAUAAUGUAUUCUGUCGAAAAAGAUGCCUCACACAUCUGCUUAAGAAAAAAAGGUAAGCAAUUUACCAUCAACAGUAGACACGUUUCUCUGAUUGUAAGAAUUCCUUGUUAUAAUGUUCAAUACGCAUAUCUGUUGUGAUAUGCUUAGCUCUUUUUGGUUUCUGAAUAAUCGUAUACUUGUAAUCUGAGCUACCAAUUCGCAUAUAUAGUUUAGACUGAGGAUUAGCUUCUGAUCUACCAAGUGUUGGAUAGCUCGUCAUGUUCUGGUUCUUCCCCUUCUGUAUCAUUUCUGAGGCAAAAUGGCUCUCACAAGAAUCGGCUUGGCCGGUCUUGCCGUCAUGGGCCAAAACCUAGCAUUGAACAUUGCUGAGAAGGGCUUUCCCAUCUCCGUGUACAACCGCACCACAUCCAAGGUUGAUGAGACUGUAGAGCGCGCCAAGCUCGAAGGUAACCUUCCGGUCUAUGGCUUCCACGACCCUGCGUCCUUUGUCAACUCAAUCCAGAAGCCGCGCGUCAUCAUCAUGCUCGUCAAAGCUGGUGCACCUGUGGAUCAGACCAUUGCGACGCUCUCAGCUCACAUGGAGAAGGGCGACUGUAUAAUCGACGGAGGCAACGAGUGGUACGAGAACACAGAGAGGCGGGAGAAAGCCAUGGCCAAGCUUGGUCUUCUGUAUCUCGGGAUGGGAGUUUCCGGGGGAGAGGAGGGCGCUCGACACGGACCUUCUUUAAUGCCCGGUGGGUCAUAUGAUGCCUACAAGAACAUAGAAGACAUCUUACUCAAAGUGGCGGCCCAGGUGCCCGACAGCGGGCCCUGUGUCACAUACAUAGGUAAAGGAGGUUCGGGCAAUUUUGUAAAAAUGAUCCAUAAUGGUAUCGAGUACGGGGACAUGCAGCUUAUUGCAGAAGCUUACGAUGUGCUUAAAUCAGUAGGAAAGCUAACUAACGUGGAGUUACAGGAAGUCUUUUCCAAAUGGAACAAAGGAGAGCUCCUCAGCUUUCUGAUUGAGAUCACCGCAGAUAUAUUUGGAGUAAAGGAUGAUAAGGGCGAGGGUUAUCUGGUCGACAAGGUCUUAGAUAAAACCGGCAUGAAGGGCACCGGAAAGUGGACCGUUCAACAAGCAGCUGAGCUCUCAGUGGCUGCUCCGACAAUCGCUGCAUCUCUUGAUUCAAGGUUCCUUAGCGGAUUAAAAGAAGAAAGAGUUCAAGCCGCCAAAGUGUUCAAAUCCGGUGGUUUUAAUGAAAUUCUGGGCGGUGAUCGACCUGUGGAUAAGGCAAAGUUGAUCGAAGAUGUGAGACAAGCCCUUUAUGCUUCGAAGAUAUGUAGCUAUGCCCAAGGCAUGAAUUUGAUUAGGGCAAAGAGUAAAGAGAAGGGAUGGGAUCUCACAUUGGGCGAGCUCGCGAGGAUUUGGAAGGGAGGGUGCAUUAUCCGCGCUAUCUUUUUGGAUCGAAUUAAAAAGGCUUAUGAUCGAAACCCCGAGCUAUCGAACCUCUUGAUGGACCCGGAGUUCGCGAAGGAGAUCAUGGACCGCCAAUCAGCAUGGAGAAGAGUUGUUUGCUUAGCUAUUAACUACGGAAUAAGUACUCCCGGUAUGUCGGCAAGCUUGGCUUACUUUGAUACAUAUAGGAGGGAGAGGGUGCCUGCAAAUUUGGUCCAAGCUCAGCGAGAUUAUUUUGGCGCGCAUACUUACGAGAGAAUCGACAUGCCCGGGUCAUUCCACACCGAAUGGUUCAAGACUGCGAAGCAGUCCAAAAUGUAAGGUAUUUUCUGGAUUUAAUGAACCCGAAUGAAAUAACUUGUCGGGAUGAGGUCCUCAUUGUCGGCGCCAGAAAUCUGCGUAUGUUGUAUUACUUCUUUUCUUUUUCCUGCACCUGCAAAAUAAUGUCGCAGACUACAAUUAAGUGACAUUUUAAGCCAUUUAAUUUUGAAAUUUUGUGUUGUGAUCA